CAGGUCUCAGAGAGUUGAUCAGCACCCACAAAUGGCUGCUUCUAGUCUACCAUCCUCGAGUAGUAGUAGUACUAGUACGAUGGGAAUCUUCCUUACUUUGAUGGCACUGUCAAUCCUCCCUCAACAUGCACUAGGCAUAACGAGGCAUUAUGAGCUCAACAUCACAAUGUUAAACGUCACACGCUUGUGCCACACAAAGAGCCUGGUGGCUGUAAACGGGCAAUUUCCAGGGCCUCGCAUUGUCGCCAGGGAGGGUGAUCGUCUGCUCAUCAAAGUCAACAAUCAUGUCUCAAACAACAUUACCAUUCACUGGCACGGCAUUCGGCAGCUUCGGAGUGGCUGGGCUGAUGGACCAGCGUAUAUAACCCAGUGCCCGAUACAAACAGGCCAGAGCUACGUGUACAAUUACACCAUUGUCGGCCAAAGAGGAACUCUGUUCUGGCAUGCACACAUUUCUUGGAUACGAGCAACUGUUUACGGUCCUCUGAUUAUCCUACCCAAGCGUCACGUCCAGUAUCCAUUUGCUAAACCCCACGAGGAAGUCCCCGUCAUCUUUGGUGAAUGGUUCAAUGCCGACACCGAGGCCAUAAUUAGCCAAGCUUUACAAACAGGUGGUGGUCCAAAUGUCUCUGAUGCCUAUACCCUCAACGGACUCCCAGGGCCUUUGUACAAUUGCUCCGCCAAAGAUACAUUUAAGCUGAAAGUCAAAGCGGGAAAGACUUACCUUCUUCGGUUGAUCAACGCUGCGCUAAAUGACGAGCUCUUCUUCAGCAUUGCAAACCACACUCUCACAGUGGUUGAAGCGGAUGCACUUUACGUUAAACCCUUCGAAACAGAUACAAUCCUAAUUACUCCUGGACAAACGACUAACGUUCUUCUCAAGACCAAGCCCCAAUUCCCCGCUGCCACUUUCCUCAUGCUUGCUAGACCAUACGCCACAGGAGCCGCAACCUUUGACAACUCCACCGUCGCUGGUAUUCUAGAAUAUGAACAAUGCCCGUCACCUGAUUCUAGUACUACAGUUUCGGUUAAGAAACUCCCACUCUUCAGACCCACCUUACCUGCCCUAAACGACACAGCCUUCGCCGCCAAUUUUUCGAAUAAGUUACGCAGCUUAGCUAAUCGGCAGUACCCGGCCAAUGUUCCCCAGAAUAUUGAUGAACAUUUCUUCUUCACUGUGGGCCUCGGAACCAGUCCAUGUGACCAAACCCAAGGCUGCCAGGGACCCAACGGAACCAAGUUUGCGGCAUCCGUCAACAACAUCUCAUUCGCACAACCGACCACAGCCCUUCUCCAAUCUCAUUUCUCAGGCCAAUCCAGUGGUGUUUAUAGCCCAGAUUUCCCGUACAACCCAUUGCGCUGGUUCAACUAUACUGGAAACCCACCGAACAACACCAUGGUGGGCAAUGCUACCAAAGUGAUGGUGCUCCCUUUCAACACCAGCGUGGAACUGACCAUGCAGGACACCAGCAUUCUUGGUGCCGAAAGCCACCCGCUCCAUCUCCACGGAUUCAACUUCUUUGUAGUUGGGCAAGGUUUCGGGAACUACGAUCCAAAUAAGGACCCCAAGAACUUCAACCUUGUGGAUCCCGUUGAAAGGAACACGGUUGGGGUUCCAUCUGGGGGUUGGGUUGCCAUCCGUUUUUUAACAGACAAUCCAGGGGUGUGGUUCAUGCACUGCCAUCUGGAAGUCCAUACAAGCUGGGGUUUGAAGAUGGCGUGGCUUGUCUUAGACGGAAAGCUUCCCAAUCAAAAGCUUCUUCCACCGCCAGCAGAUCUCCCAAAAUGCUAGUAUACUUGUUUCUUUUUUGGCCUUUUGCCAGUAUUCAAGUGUUUUUUUUUUUUUUUUUUUUUGCUUUUCCAGUUUUCCACUCUGCGGCUUUCUAACGUUCAUCAUCGAUGUUCAACCUUCUGCUGACUGGCCCGUUCUAAUCCAGCAAUUUUAUGGCAUUGACUUGUCAAAUUCUUUUACUUCUUCAGUUCCAUCUUUCAAAUAUCUUGUUGAGCUUAAUUAGCAGAGAGACAUGGAUAUGUGAUUGGUAGGGUGGACAAACACCAUGUUUUGUAAUUUAAAGAACUCAAUAAGGUGGUUAUGCAAUGAAAUGUCUAUGACAUCGCCGAGUUCGGAGCAUCAGAUUUUUCAUUCA